CGAGCCGCGGUAGCGGCGGCGGCGGGAGGGGCAGCCUGAGGGCGGACGGGCGGGCGCCCUGGUGCGGGGGCUCCGCACUCCGCACGGCCCGGCCCGGCUCGGCCCCGGCGCCAUGAGCGGCGGCGGCGGCGGCGGCGGCGGAGGGGGCUCGGCGCCCAGUCGUUUCGCCGACUACUUUGUCAUCUGCGGGCUGGACACCGAGACCGGGCUGGAGCCGGACGAGCUGUCGGCAUUAUGCCAGUACAUACAGGCUUCUAAAGCCAGGGAUGGUGCCAGCCCUUUCAUUUCCAGUACGACUGAAGGAGAAAAUUUUGAGCAGACACCACUGAGACGAACAUUCAAGUCCAAGGUCCUUGCCCGAUACCCUGAGAAUGUAGAAUGGAAUCCCUUUGACCAAGAUGCAGUGGGAAUGCUAUGCAUGCCCAAAGGGCUGGCAUUCAAGACCCAGGCUGAUCCCAGGGAGCCCCAGUUCCAUGCCUUUAUUAUCACAAGGGAGGAUGGCUCUCGGACAUUUGGGUUUGCCCUCACAUUUUAUGAGGAGGUGACUAGCAAACAGAUCUGCAGUGCAAUGCAGACCCUCUACCACAUGCAUAAUGCUGAGUAUGAUAUCCUACAUUCUCCGUCUGCUGAUGGCCAAGAUGACAGUGGCAUGGACGAUGGUGAAGGCACUCCUGGGACUAAGCUUCAGCGCUUCAACUCCUAUGACAUUAGCCGGGACACGCUCUACGUCUCUAAGUGCAUUUGCCUCAUAACACCCAUGUCCUUCAUGAAAGCAUGCCGGAGUGUGCUGGAACAACUUCACCAGGCAGUCACUUCACCUCAGCCCCCUCCACUGCCCCUUGAGAGCUACAUAUACAAUGUACUCUAUGAGGUGCCACUUCCACCUCCUGGCCGGUCCUUGAAAUUUUCUGGAGUUUAUGGGCCAAUAAUCUGCCAGAGACCAAGUACUAAUGAGCUUCCCUUAUUUGACUUUCCUGUCAGAGAGGUCUUUGAACUGCUUGGGGUGGAAAAUGUGUUUCAGCUUUUUACUUGUGCUCUUCUGGAGUUUCAAAUCCUGCUCUACUCACAGCAUUACCAGAGACUGAUGACUGUGGCGGAGACAAUUACAGCUCUCAUGUUUCCUUUCCAGUGGCAGCAUGUCUAUGUCCCUAUUCUCCCGGCUUCUCUCCUACAUUUUUUAGAUGCUCCUGUUCCAUACCUGAUGGGCUUGCAUUCCAAUGGCUUGGAUGACCGGUCAAAGCUGGAGCUGCCUCAAGAGGCUAACCUCUGCUUUGUGGACAUUGACAACCACUUCAUUGAGCUGCCAGAGGACCUGCCUCAGUUUCCCAACAAAUUGGAGUUUGUCCAGGAAGUCUCUGAGAUUCUCAUGGCAUUUGGCAUUCCCCCUGAAGGAAAUCUUCAUUGCAGUGAGAGUGCCUCCAAGCUGAAGAGGCUUCGGGCCUCUGAGCUUGUCUCUGACAAGAGGAAUGGGAACAUCGCAGGCUCCCCUUUGCAUUCCUACGAGCUUCUCAAGGAGAAUGAAACUAUUGCCCGGCUGCAAGCAUUGGUUAAGAGGACUGGUGUGAGUCUGGAAAAGCUGGAAGUACGUGAAGACCCCAGCAGCAAUAAGGACCUGAAGGUUCAAUGUGAUGAAGAAGAACUGAGGAUUUACCAGCUAAACAUUCAGAUCCGGGAAGUUUUUGCAAAUCGUUUCACUCAGAUGUUUGCAGAUUAUGAGGUGUUUGUUAUUCAGCCCAGCCAGGAUAAGGAGUCCUGGUUUACCAACAGGGAGCAGAUGCAAAACUUUGAUAAAGCAUCUUUUCUGUCAGACCAGCCUGAGCCAUAUCUGCCCUUCCUCUCAAGAUUCCUAGAGACCCAGAUGUUUGCUUCUUUCAUUGACAACAAAAUCAUGUGUCAUGAUGAUGAUGAUAAAGACCCUGUACUCCGUGUAUUUGAUUCUCGAGUAGACAAAAUCAGGCUGUUGAAUGUUCGGACACCUACUCUUCGUACAUCCAUGUACCAGAAGUGUACCACUGUGGAUGAAGCAGGGCAAGAAGAGGGGAAGGUUGAUGCCAGCGGUAUUUUCCCUCUUGUAUCAGAAAACAAAAGCUUUCCCAGAAAUUCCCAACAACUUCUGUUGUCUCAUAGGCUACAACCAUGUUCUAUGACCAUCCUUAAGUGCAAGGGAGGCUGUGAAAAGAAAGCAAUUGAACUGCGUCUGGCAAAAAUUGAUCAUACUGCGAUUCACCCCCAUUUACUUGACAUGAAGAUUGGACAAGGGAAAUAUGAGCCAGGCUUUUUCCCUAAGUUGCAGUCUGAUGUGCUUUCCACUGGGCCAGCCAGCAACAAGUGGACAAAAAGGAAUGCCCCUGCUCAGUGGAGGCGGAAAGAUAGGCAGAAGCAGCACACAGAACACCUGCGUUUAGAUAAUGACCAGAGAGAGAAGUACAUCCAGGAAGCCAGAAAUAUGGGCAGCACCAUCCGCCAGCCCAAAUUGUCCAACCUUUCCCCGUCAGUGAUUGCUCAAACCAACUGGAAGUUUGUAGAGGGCCUGCUGAAGGAGUGCCGCAACAAGACCAAGAGGAUGCUGGUGGAGAAAAUGGGCCGAGAGGCUGUGGAGCUAGGGCACGGGGAGGUGAACAUCACAGGGGUGGAGGAGAACACCUUGAUUGCCAGCCUUUGUGACCUCCUAGAAAGGAUCUGGAGUCAUGGGCUACAAGUAAAGCAGGGGAAAUCAGCCUUGUGGUCCCACCUGUUACAUUAUCAGGAAAACCGGCAGAGAAAACUGACAUCAGGAAGCCUCAGUACCUCAGGAAUACUUCUUGAUUCAGAACGGAGGAAGUCUGAUGCCAGCUCAGUCAUGUCUCCCCUGCGAGUCUCCCUCAUUCAGGAUAUGAGGCACAUCCAGAACAUCGGGGAAAUCAAGACUGAUGUGGGAAAGGCUAGAGCGUGGGUGCGAUUGUCAAUGGAAAAAAAGUUACUUUCCAGACACCUGAAGCAGCUUCUCUCAGACCAUGAGCUCACCAAAAAGUUGUACAAGCGCUAUGCCUUCCUGCGCUGUGACGACGAGAAGGAGCAGUUCCUCUAUCACCUCCUCUCUUUCAAUGCCGUUGAUUACUUUUGCUUCACCAAUGUCUUCACAACUAUCCUGAUCCCGUACCAUAUCCUGAUUGUACCGAGCAAGAAGCUGGGGGGCUCCAUGUUCACCGCCAACCCAUGGAUCUGCAUCUCUGGAGAACUGGGUGAAACACAGAUCCUGCAGAUUCCCAGGAACGUGUUAGAGAUGACUUUUGAGUGCCAGAACUUGGGGAAGCUCACUACGGUACAGAUAGGCCAUGACAACUCUGGACUGUAUGCCAAAUGGUUGGUGGAAUAUGUGAUGGUCAGGAAUGAGAUCACAGGACAUACCUACAAGUUCCCAUGUGGCCGGUGGUUGGGAAAGGGCAUAGACGACGGGAGCCUGGAGCGGGUCCUGGUUGGGGAGCUGCUCACGUCCCAGCCUGAGGUGGAUGAGAGACCGUGCCGAACCCCGCCCCUGCAGCAGUCCCCUAGUGUCAUCCGGAGGCUCGUUACCAUCUCACCCAACAACAAGCCCAAGCUGAACACUGGGCAGAUCCAGGAGUCCAUCGGGGAGGCAGUCAAUGGAAUUGUGAAGCACUUCCAUAAGCCUGAGAAAGAGCGAGGCAGUCUGACGCUGUUGCUCUGUGGAGAAUGUGGCCUUGUCUCGGCCCUGGAACAGGCUUUCCAACAUGGAUUUAAAUCCCCCCGGCUCUUCAAAAAUGUCUUCAUUUGGGAUUUCUUGGAAAAAGCACAAACCUAUUAUGAGACUUUGGAGCAGAACGAACUUGUCCCUGAGGAAAACUGGCAUACAAGGGCCCGGAACUUCUGCCGAUUUGUCACUGCAAUCAAUAAUACUCCCCGGAACAUUGGCAAGGACGGCAAGUUUCAGAUGCUGGUGUGCUUGGGAGCCAGGCCUGAUGGAAGACAGUGGGAAUGAGCUGAAUAAAACAUGGUCCCUACCAUUUAGAAGCUUACUUGUCCUAAUUAAGUACAGUAUAAGGCAGAAGGUUGUGAGAGUCCCAAAAGGAGCAUUCAUAAGGUAUGCUGAAACUGUAGAGGAGAAAGAUCAGAGAGGGGAGGAGGUGGUAUUUGAGUUGAGCCUUAAUGGAAGGGUAGAAAUGGGGAGAGAGUUUGAAGCAGAUAGAACUAGCAGAGAGGCCCUAAAGGAAGCAAAGAGUGUGGGGUUAGGAAAUAACAGGUAAACUUGGGAAGGGCGGUUGUAGGAAACAGUUGAAAGGAUGGGGGCCUUGGGGAGCUGGGACAGGGAACCCUUCCAUAUUAGAACAGAGUUGUUUAAACAGGCGACUGAAAUGAUAUGAAUUUGAUACCAUGGGUGGUAUGCAUCAGAGUGGAUAAGAUUGUUAGGGACUAUUCCAGUGGGUGACAUGAGGGUGUGAAAGCCAAAUAAAUUUAAGGCAGUAGUUUAUUUGGGCCAGGGAAGAGAGGGAGUUGGCGUUGUACUUAAAAACGGACUCUGGAACCAGAUUCACUAGGUUCAUAUUCUCAGAUCAGCCAUUUCCUAGCCAUAUGAUCUUGGACAAGCUACUUAACCUUUGUCAAUUUCUUCAUCUAUAAAGUGGGGCUAGUAAUAGCACUAAUAGCACCUGCCUCAUAUCACAGGGUUGUUAUGAAGGUUAAAUCUCUCAAAACAUUGUCUGGCACAUGCCAAAUGCUAUGUGGAUGUGAGCUCUUAGGAUUAUUCCUGGUGGUGAUAGCUCUGGGGAGGAGUAGUGCUCUGGGACAGAUGGGCUGUUGAGAUGGAGGAGGUGGUGUUGAUUGGUCCUGGAGUCUGGUUGGUGGUGGGCUGGUCUAGGGAGGCAGGGGGAGACAGGAGAGGAGGUGUGGGCCUUGUGGCAGGUAACUGGGUUGAUUUGGCUCAGAUUGGGUUGGUGUCCCUGGGACUGAGUAGUCCCUAAUAGGAGCCUUUUAAAGCGAUGUAAGGCCUCUUUGCCAAGAGCUGUUAGGGGAGGGAAAGGGGGUUGAGGAAGCUAUCCACUUCUCCAGCUUUAGACUUUGUUCAAGGAGUGAUGGAGCAAGUUUCCUCCUUGGCCUUAUACUAACUGUCUCCCUUCCACUUCCCUUCUGACCCAUCUGGACUGACCCUUCUCUGCCAGAGAUCACCUCCUACACCACUGGAUUGCCCUGCUGGCCGACUGUCCCAUCACCGCACACAUGUAUGAAGAUGUGGCGCUCAUCAAAGACCACACACUUGUCAAUUCCUUGAUCCGCGUGCUGCAGACAUUGCAGGAGUUCAAC